CCCAAUCAUGCACAACAACGAGUGGAAUCCGUUCAACACAAGAUCCUUCCACAAGUAUAACAUCCCUCAAGAACACAAACAACAAAAUGGCAGGAAAGAAGAAAGAAAAGACCAGACCCCAACCCAUGGUAGCAGUGGAUGUGGAGGAGGAUCCACUGACGGUGGAGCAGGAAGCGUUGAUCGCUCAGAUCCAAGAGGCAUUCAAAGGAGUCCAACUGGAGGAUGAUGGGACCUCUUUGCAGCAGACCGAGCUCUUGGAUGCCGGCAGGGACCCCAGCGACUUGGAGGGUUUGCCAACGGAUGAGAGGGAUGAUUGGACUGCCAUACUGGACAGGACCCUGGAGGAUUUUGGUGUUGUUUUCUCGUUUACUGACAAGAAGGGUUACAAGUUCUACCUACCGGCAUACAUGAUUUGGACAAUAAGGCAUCAUCCAUCCACUGAAUACCUCGAAAAGAGGGCUACGCAAGCCCUGAAUGUAGAUGCAGCAAUCUACGCCCUCAAUCCAGAUACGUACCAGUUUGAGAGUGUUUCCUUUGUGAAGUGGUUUUCUACUCUGCAAAUUCAAGCAAUAAUCAAGUUCCUGGAGUAUUCGACUCGCCACGAGAGCUUGGACAUUGGCACGGCGGAACUCAACCUCGAAAAAAUUCAGAAAGCCGUGCAAAAGGAAAACGAUUGAUCUUCGUCUUAGUUUGGCAUUAUUACUACUAUUAAUUUUAAAUCAAAUAGUCAUAAAGGCGUUGUCUGUG